UAGAAAUUCUGUGGAUAAACCUCAAAAUCGGCAAAGCUCUGCUGUGCCUGGAGGCCGAAUUUCUCAACCAUUUUCCGGCGAUUCAGACAAAAUUCCAAGCAUAAUCGAGUGGAAAGUUAGCAACUCGAAGCAAUGGCUGUAUCCUCAUCCUCACUCUCUGCAAUUUUCCCGAUAAGCAAUUCGUCCAACACAUUAUCCACAAAACCCAGGCUUUCACUUCACUCUUUGCCACUACAUCGGCCAAAGUUAGAGUCCCUCUUGGCGAAAACAUCUUCUCCUUCGUUGGCUUCGAAGGUUUCUGCUGCCCCUGAGGUUUUGGACACUGAAGAAGCUGCUACUUCCUUCAAGGAUGAAUCUCCUGAAAUUGUUGGUGCUGACUCCAACAGUGUGGCACCAAAGCAGAAGAUUAGGAUCAAAUUGAGGUCCUAUUGGGUACCUUUGAUAGAGGACUCGUGCAAGCAGAUAUUGGAUGCUGCAAAGAACACAAAUGCGAAGACAAUGGGUCCUGUGCCAUUACCAACCAAGAAGAGGAUAUAUUGUGUUCUGAAAUCACCUCAUGUCCACAAAGAUGCCAGGUUUCAUUUUGAAAUCAGAACUCACCAGCGCCUUAUCGACAUUCUGUAUCCCACUGCCCAAACUAUUGACUCUCUGAUGCAGCUUGACCUUCCUGCUGGGGUUGAUGUGGAGGUUAAGCUGUAAAUGUAGCAUUGCUUUAUUAUUUGUAAGUCAUUGUAACUUUGGGAAUAUCUGAGGGAUGUAGAGUGAACCAUCAGGAACACGGUAAAAAGAAAGUGAAUGUAUUUUGGCUAGCUGUAAUUCUCACAGGAGCUGCAACUGGAUUCCUUUUUGGUGCUAAUAUCUGCCUUUUUAUGGAUUGUUCUGUUGAUUGUAUUCGUAUCCGGUGCAUUCAUUUACACUAAGCGAUCAUUGUUAAUCUGAGAUCAUUGGUUUACAAUCAGCAUUGUCUGCUUUCCUGACUGAAACUAAGUUGAUGUUCUCUGGUAUACAUCACUAGCUUUGUGCUCAUUUCUGAAAGUCGAUAGUCUUUUGCUAAAAGGCAAAGAUUGGUCAAUCUUCCAGUAGUCAAAAGUUUGCGUCCUGCAAAUCC